CAAAAUGGCGCUGGAGGGCGCUCGACCUACUCAGCAUGGCAGCAUCAUACAUCCGCAUAACAAUGAGUGACCUCCCAAGAUGGCGUAAUUAAGACUGUGUUUGGUUUCUGUGUUUUUUUAAAAAACACAGUAGACCUGUCGCCCGAACAAUAUGGACAUCAAAUCUGGGGAAGAAGUCGGCAAUCGGAAUCCCCUCAGCCUGUUUGAGCUAAGUGGGGCGGUAGUCAGCUCUGUCAUGGGACAUGUUGAAAAAGAAGUUUGGGCACUUCCAGGUCCAGUACUCCAGGGAAUCUUGCCUCUGCUGAACAUCUAUUAUCUGGAAAGAAUUGAAGAGAUUGCAGUGAAAAAAGGACUCUCAACUGAACCAAUAUGGUGCAGGCUGUGGUUUGACAUCAUGAAAACAAGACCUUCUAGAUUAGAGAAUAUCAAGUGUUGGAGGAAGAAAUUCCUUGAAACUUUCUUCUCAAAUGUGCUGCGUGGGAUCUUGGAUGUGUCUUCACACCAACGCUUGAGCGAUCCUUGUUUUUUGCCCCUGCUAUAUACUUCACGGCAUAUAACGGAGCUUACUAUUUACAACAUGCUUGAAGGUGUCUCAGAACUGAUGGCUGAACACAAUCAGCGUGUCCUUGAGAACUUGGCUGUCUCACUUCGAACUCUGACGUUCCGUCACCUCCUUUCCUCCAGUCUGUCUACUAGACGUCAGUUGAAUUUAUUCCUUCAUCGCCUAAUUCAUCAUGGGGCAGUGAACUACCUAUCUAUGUACUCAUGGCCUGAUCCUGACCCAGCACUUCUAGCUCUCAUUUUGAAAAUGAGUGCUGGGAUUUGGAAUCCUGGUAAGACAUUGAUGAAUGCAGAAGAACUUUGCCAUCUGUGUACAGAGAAAUCGACUGUUCAGAGCCAAAAGCUGGAUCAAGAAUGUAGGCCUCCUUUGGGUUCAGACCAACUGUUUCCGAGAGCAGCAACUGGCCAAUUUAGUGAUAAUGAAUUGAGGAAUGUGGAAAUCUUGCCCAGUGUGCCUCAAGAAUUUUUUCCAGGCUUUGAAAAUGCUGUAGAGCUAUCCAGAACCAGCAAUAAGAGCUUUAGUGAGCCACUGGACCACCGAUUGGGUAACAGUUCCUACCAAAGUCAGACACUGCACAAUGCUAGCUCAAAAAGUUUCAGUGCUGAAGUAGCAUCUGUUAGCUUUUCCCCAGCAAAACCAUCUCAAGGCAGUUUUGCUUUGGGAAAAUCUCCAAAGAGGCGCAAAGCUGUAAUAACGAAGAAGCACAGCAUCUGUCAGAAAACUAGCAAAGUCACCGCCGAGAUGGAAGACCUUUAUGACUUUGUCUUCACAAUUGCAAAGGAGGAGGAGGAGAUGGCAUUCUAUCACAAAAUAAAAAAUGUUGACAAGGGGGAACAUUUUGCUAAUGAAUCCUCUCUCCGAGCAGAGGCUUCCAGUGUGACUGGUAUGGUUGGUUCAGAGGGAACCCGACCUGUUGGGAUCACUUCUCUGAAAACAGUUAGCCGUUUCCGAAGCGUAUCCACACUGGAAGUGUUCUCUAUCCCACUGUCCAGGAAUACGUGCCAGAUGCUUGGUAAUCUGCUGAGCUCUUGGGUAUCUUUAGAAAAACUUAUUCUUACUUUGAAUGGUCUAGGCCCUGGUAUCUUCAGCAUCCUCUCUGGGCUCCGAAUUCUUUCUCAACGCAGUGAUUACUGCCUCCGCGUGGUACGCAUCAGUGAUAUGUUUGCUCAUGUUCCAUGCAUGAAUCUUGUCCAUUCUUUUCUGAGUGCUGUACCAUUGCUUCGGGUGCUCUUGGUCAGCUUUGAUCUCAAAACUGCAGCAGAGUGGAAUAGGCUGGAGGAAGACAUGGGCUCAUCAUCCUUAGUAGAAAAAAUUCCAGAGACUUAUCUGGAGCAUCUUGAGAUCAGAUUUCCUAGGGAACCUCUUCAAACAAGUCUCCUGGUGCCUGUACUGAAAGCUUCAGGAUCUCUCCAGAGUCUUUCUCUAGACAGUGUUGCAAUUUCUUGUCCUCAAGAGGUUUGGCUUCUCCUGCAAGCCCUCAAAGAAUAUAACCCAAAACUGAAGAAACUAAGUUUUCAUGAUGUCAACCUUUCUGGCCAUUCAAAAGAAGUCCUCUUUCUUCUACAAAACCCAAUUCUUCAAGAGAUCAAUUUUUCAUUUUGUCGGCUGUUUGAAAACUGUACAGCUGAGCUUCUGACUGAAAUGAUUACUGCCAUGAAGAAGAACUCAUCGCUAACAACCCUCAAACUCCCUGGAAAUAGGUUGGGAAAUCACAGGUUGAUUGCACUGGCUGACAUUUUUGCUGAAGAUUCAUCCUCUUCUAUCAGUCAUCUGGAUGUAAGCUCCAACUGUAUUAAGCCUGAUGGGCUUCUGGAAUUUGCCAAAAAGCUGGAAAGUUACACAGCUGAACGCAGAGAACGUUUCAAGUUUACCAAACUGUGCCUUUAUCAGAACUGGCUGGACCAAGAUGCUAUAACUGCUCAAGAAGCCCUUUCAAGACUAAAAGCUAUGUGCAGCGUAGUUAGUGAUGCAUGGGACUCAUCACAAGCCUUUGCUGACUACAUCAGUGUAAUGUAACAAGCACUUUAUGGAAGAAUAUCUUCUAAUAAACCUGCUUACCAUAUUUACUGGAAUAUGGCCACUCUUUAAGCACCAUUUCUAACCAGUACUUCCAGUAUAGUUGUAUUUGUAUCCAGAUUUCUCUGAUCUCUGUAUUUAGCAUGAGGAGGACAGUAAAUGUUGGUGGAACUCUCCCAUUUCCAAAACAAUUGUUAUAGUGUUAGUAAAGUAUGUUAGCUAUUAUGUGGAAUCAAGAUUUAUCAACUCAUCAGUGAAAAAUUUAUUCACUUAAAAUUGAAUCCCACCUUGUGCUCUAUGGAUGAAAAUACCUAGAUCAGCUUAAACUAUUCUCCCAAAUGCACCACACAGAGUUUAGGGAAUUUAAAUACUUCCUGUAUUUUAACAAGAGUAAAUUAUAAUACUGCUUUCUGAAGUACGUUUUCUACUUAUGCAGGCCUCACUGUUAAAAUAAAAAGUAUUACAACCAU